AAUCUUUAUUAUUUUAAGGCCAAAAUCACUUAAGCCUGAUUUUCACAGUUUGAAAAGCACAGGUGUAACAUUACCAGCAACUGCAUUCCAUUCAGGUGAACCAGUUACCUACCCCUUAACAUACUGGAACACAAACAGAGCCAUUGUCCAUGUUAUCGAUCACACCUGUGCCUCUCCUGCUAUGAUAAGUCAAAAUAUGGUAGAAAUGUAUGAGUCAGCUCACCCACUUCACAAGAGGCGGAUGUUGUGGCCUUUGACGUGAGGACAGCCGCGUCUUGUUACCAAAGACGAAUGAAGAAGUUGUUACUUAACAGCAAUCAUUUUGCAACCUUACUGCCCAGAGCCUGAUUACAUGCUGUGUCCUGCACCUGAGGCCAGCAGGGGGCAGCGCAGGCCGGGCCCGUCAAUAACAACUACUGCAGCACAUUUUGUUUUCUGCUGGUGCAGGCAAAUGUAGGUGAGCAGUUAUGUCAGGGGCACCUCAUAGUGCUGCAGCCAUGACUUGACCUAAUUAAGAAGUGGGUGCAGUAAAGACGAGUGGAUGAGUGGAUAAAGACUCUGUUACCCAGUGGCGCUGAUCAGCAGCUGCAGUUGGACUCUGACCUACCCAGAAGCCAUGUGAUUCCCAUCAGUGUGUGUAUUUAAGAACAGCCAAAGGAGGUCUUUCACUAACCUCUAUAUUAGAUGACAGCAAGUCCUAUUCAACGCCUCCAGGGACUGAAGACACUCGUAUGACACACAGCAGAGGUGGAACCAUUCGGUGAGAGGGCUUCUUCUUCUUCAGACUUUCUUCAGGCUGAUCCGGCUUCAUCAUGGCUCUGCUGGUCCACAUGCUGGCCUGUGCCUUCGGCCUGGGCUCUUGGGUGGCGGUGAACGGUCUGUGGGUGGAACUGCCGCUCAUCGUCAACACUCUCCCGGAGGGCUGGGAACUCCCCUCCUACCUCACAGUCAUUAUCCAGUUGGCCAACCUCGGACCAUUGCUCGUCACCCUCAUGCACAAACUGUGCCCGGGUCGUCUCAAAGAGCAUCUUGUCAUUUACUCCAUCCUGUCCAUCGGCGUCGUUUCCUGCAUCUUGCUCGCCUUCUUCUGGGAUAAGACUACGAUAGUGUUCGGGGCUUCACACAGCACUGCCUUCUUCAUCAUCACCUUCUUCCUUUCUCUGGUAGACUGCACCUCCUCAGUUACCUUCCUGCCUUUUAUGAUGCAGCUUCCAGCAAAAUACAUCACCACCUACUUUAUCGGAGAAGGGCUGAGUGGUUUUAUUCCAGGUGUGGUGGCUCUGGCACAAGGUGUGGGCAUGGCCAAAUGUGUCAACUCCUCUGACACUGCAGCAAACCAGACGGGAGAGAACAUGUGGUCAUUACACACAGAGUACCUUCCUCCCAACUUCUCCACUGAGGUGUUCUUCUUCUUCCUGGCAGCCAUGAUGUGCAUCAGCCUGGCUGCUUUUGUUGCACUGAACAGGCUUCCUCGGACAUACGAGCUGUCCACUGAAAAACUUGUGCCGGACACUGCCGCAUCUGUCAGCUCCGGCCUGGAUAAUCCUGGAGCAGAGACUGACGGAGAGGCUGUGAAGGGCCAGGGUGAGGGGCCAGACCACAGCAGACAAGCCAACACGAAACACACCGUGUACCAGCUGACCUUCAUCUACUUUAUGGUGGUGUGGGUUAACUCUGCAACCAACGGCCUGCUGCCCUCUGUGCAGACAUUCUCCUGCAUGCCCUACGGGAACCUGGCUUAUCACCUCUCUGCUGCGCUGUCAUCCGUGGCCAACCCAGUGGCUUGUACCAUUGCAAUGUUCUUCCAAAACAGGUCUCUGGUUUUUCUCGGUGUGCUGAUGGCGUUCGGGACAGGAUUCGGAAGCUAUAACAUGGCGAUGGCAGCCAUGAGUCCAUGUCCUCUGCUUCAGGGGUCUGUGGUGGGAGAGAUGCUCAUUGUGCUCUCGUGGCUCUUCUUCACCGGGACAAUGACGUAUGUCAAAGUAAUGGUGGGUGUAAUCCUGAGAGACCGGAGCCACCUCGCCCUGGUCUGGUGCGGAGCUGCAGCACAGAUGGGCUCACUAGUAGGCUCAGUCACCAUGUUCCCGCUGGUUAACGUAUACGGACUGUUCAAGUCAGGAGACUUCUGCAACACUAAAUGUCCCUUAUGACGUUGAUCUGAGAUCGACAGUACUAAGGAGGCUAGAGACUGAUGUAAAGUAAAAGUUCAACGUUUUCGGUAAUAUGCUUGUACAGUUCUUGCAGAGAACAAGAUCAAUACUGCUAUCUGCAGCUUAGCAUAGAAGCUGUGAUACUGGAGAUACUGCUAGCCUAGCUCUGUCCAAAGCUUGUGUACCAACUGUGACGUCACCUUUGGGUUUGUGGACUAAUGUCUGAAGCCUCGAGUUUGGCAUUAUGGCGUCACUAUCUUGGUUUUUCUCAUCUCAGAGCCAGAUUCAAACUUGGAUAAAAGGGUGAAACUGGGUAGGAUAUCCUGGUUUGAUCUGACCAGCCCAGUCACCGGAAUAACUGUUUAUUAAAGUUGAUGUUGAGCAAACAACUCAAGACUGCAUUUCAAGAGUGAAAUCACUGGACAUUUUUGAGGAGUCUUUGGGACAUCUCCUGCUGUGUUUGUGAUGACCAAAUUAGGUAUUGUAAUCCCAAAAAUGAGCUUUUCCUAAACCACACCAAACGAUUUUUGUGUUUUUACCUAACCAGACCAUAAGUAAAGCAUUUUCACGACAUAAAAUUGAAAAGGAAAGUUGCAACAUUGCAGAAAUCUAUACUACCAACACUUAUUUUGGUGACUGGCAUGAACUGACUGAGAUCCUAAAGACAAGUUAUGUUUGUGGCUUGUCAGUCACAGUGUCACUUCAUCAGCAUGCUGGAUCAAAGCACUUGAAACCAGCAAUUCAGAUAAUUAACUUAUUAGAAACUUAUUAACUGUGGUAGUAAAUCCAGCGAGUCCCCCCACCUGUGGUUCUGUGGUAAUGUCUUACUUGGUAGACAGCACAGCUGUGUGUCCUUGUACAUUUUAGGUUUGUAUGGAUUAAAGAAUCAAGAUAAAACAUGUAAAUUAGUGAGCUUUGGAGGAGCUGGUAAGCAAGUUUUUAACUUCAGACAGAUCGUUUCCUUUACUUCCAGGCUUGAUGCUAACUUAAACUAACUGACUGCUCCAUAUUUAACCCACCCACACACACGAGAGUGGUAUCGAUCAUCUCUACACAAAAGGCCAGAAUUUAGAACAACUUUGAGGUUCUUUCUGUUUUUUUUACCGUUAUUUUCUUUCCUCGCAGCUUUGUGAUUUUGAAGCCAUGUUUACACUUAACUUUAUCGAUUUUUCUUUCUAAGUGAUUGAGUACACUAAGAAGGAAAAAGCUCUUAUGUAAAUAUAAAUAUACUUGUAUAAAUGAGAAAUUAUUAGAUGUUCAACACUGGGAAGCAGCUAUUUUUCUUGAUUCAAACUUGUUAGCCCGUUUUUGCCCACUAGAUGGCACAGGCACACUUCUAUACAGUAUUUUAAAACCUGCCACUCCAUGUUCUGCAGGCACUGAACGCCUGUCCUCACAUGAAACACAUUUAUAUUGUGCACAUAGAUUACUAAUUAAUAAACUGAUUUAUUUAAAAAAAAAAACAUUCUGAAUUUAAGAUUUAAUGCUGACAUUUAGACACAUGUUAUGUGGUAUGUUUCUGCGUAGAUGUAACAUGCAUGUAUAAAAUGUAAAGCCAAUAAAAAGAGGUUGUUGAUGCAUUUUA